AUGGCAAGCUCUGUUUUACGAAGAAAAAAAAGUGAAUUGAGUGAAGUAGCUACAUUUGAUGCGUUCGAAAGUAAAAAAAUUUUCCCCUUGACGUGUGUCAGUUUCUUAUUUUGUGACAGAAAAGUAAAAAGAAGAUUCAGGUUGCGGAAAGAGUAUUUAUUAAAAAAAACAGUUGAAAGUAAAGAAAAUGCCUUAAGAGAAAGAAGAGAAAAAGUUAAACGACUUGUGGAAAAUGGAGAAAUACUUUCUGCGUCAGAACGAGAUUUCGAAUAUGAGCAACGUAACGCUUUAUCAUUAACAGACAGUCGAACAUUGGCUCCAACUUCAUCAAUAGAUGAUGAAUACGCUUAUGCUGGUAUAAAAGAUCCUAAAAUUAUGUUAACAACAUCUCGGGAUCCUUCAAAUCGUUUACAGCAAUUCGUCAAAGAACUGAAUUUAAUUUUUCCUAACGCUCAUCGACUGAAUCGAGGAAGUUAUAUUAUGAAAGAUUUAGUUCAUUUAUCUCAAAAAAACAGCAUUUCAGAUAUUGUCAUAGUGCAUGAACAUCGAGGUGUUCCCGAUGGAUUAGUUAUAAGUCAUAUGCCUUUAGGGCCAACAGUUUAUUUUGCUUUAAAAGAUGUUGUUUUACGACAUGACUUACCUAAUAAACCACCUCCCAUGUCUACUGCCUUUCCUCAUUUGGUGUUUGAUAAUUUCACAUCGACUUUAGGUAGUCGUGUGGCUACUGUACUAAAGCAUUUAUUUCCUCCAGCUUCGCCGACAACAACACGAGUCCUAACUUUUAUUAAUCGUCAUGAUGUGAUUCAUUUUCGUCAUUUCGUUUGGGAAGAUCAAAGAUCUCAAGUUGCUAAACAACAGGAUAAUGAAAAAAUUGGUGCCACUUUAAAAGAUGUUACUCAUAAUUCAGUAGCGACAAAAGAACAAGGGGAUAAUGAGAAAAAAAAAAAAAAAUUUGAUAAAAAAGAUGUAAAGCUAAGUGAAGUAGGGCCUAGAUUUUCAUUAAAAGUCUAUCGUAUUGUAUUGGGAACGCUUGAAAUGAAAAAUACUCAAGAAGAAUGGUCAUUAAAACCUUAUUUUAAUAAACCACAAGAAGCUUUGUCAAGUUCAGUGAAUAUUAUUUAACCAAUUUUUAUUUACUUUUUUAUUGUGUUAUUAAAAAAAAAAAAAAUUAUUUUUUUAAAAUUGUGUGUGUGUAAGAAAUUUAAAAAAACUGGACAUUUGAUGACACUGAAGCUCAAAAGGUUCUGAAUCUUGUUUUAUAAUAUGUCGAAGUUUUUGUAAACGUUCAUAGAGAAGUUCGGAGCAGGGUAAAAGAUCUUUUUCAGUGGUUUGUAGAAUUUCAAUAAUACUACUUGAAUGUUUUUUCAUGAAAACAUUUAGUAAGGCUUGAAUAAAGUCCACAUUUUCACGUGAAUAAACGGAAGCUAUAAAAUAAUCUAACAUAUCAAUUAAAUCAGAAUGAUUGCCACCAGCGAGUUCUCCAAUGUUUAAUAAUGUUAAAUCAAUAGCAGAUGGUGAUAAUUUCAAAAAGUAAUUGGUAAGAAUUGAAUGCGCUAUUUUUGGAUUAAUAUGUGUCUUAAAAAGCUUUAAUUGUUUUUGAAGUUCAGAGACAUUCAAUGAACUCACAUCUGAUGAAUUUUUUUGAAAAUGUGAUAUGUUAUCAGUUGUUGCAUCGGUUUCCAACUUUUCAAAUUUUAAUUGAUUUCCUUCAUACAUUGUAGGUAAAAAGAAGGGUACAUCAGUAGCUUUGGUGAGUUGAUUUUUUUUAUUUGUCGUAUUUUGAAUUUUAUUACGGUUUUUGAUGAUAUCUAAAUAAAGAAUCGAUUCAAUUUUAUUAAAUGACAUUCCUGAUAAAGUUAAGAACCCUUGAAUUAAUGGUUUUUGUGAAAAAAAACAAUUAUUCAUUUCGGAAGAUUUUAUAGGGACAAGAGAAUCAUUACAAGUUUGAUUUUGAAUGGAUAACGUUUGGCAUUCGGUAAUUUUAAUUGGUUUUUGAGGUGUCGGAUUCAAUACGGGAUGUUUUUGUCCAACAUCAAAAAUGAAUUUAUUUCCCAUAACGUAAAUACAACCAUUCAUAUGUUUUAAACAUAAAUAUAAAAAAGUAUCUGAAGUAUCAAAUGUUAAACAAAGAACAGGCGAAUCAAAAUCAAUCCAAUCUAUAAGAGAAUUGGAUAAUAAAUCGUAAACAUAAAGGUAAGGUUUGUAUUUUGUAGCGUAAACAAUCCAGCGUCCAUUUGAACUUGUUGUGAAAACAUGUAUAAUAUCAUUUUCCACUGUAGGUACAUCUCGAACUAAAUGAAAAGUUUCAAGACUUAUAACAAUAAGUUUUUCUUUAGAAACCAUGUCAUUUUGUGAAUGUUUUGUACUGUUAUCCGUUUGUCUAUCAUUUGAACGUAAUAAGAUGGCUACUAAUGUAUUAAAACAGUUAAAACGAAUAGCAUUCCAUUGUAACAUUUCAUAAUCCUUUAAAUAUUGUUUUAACAAAAUGUUAUAUUUCCAUUGACAGGUGCGCAUAUCCCAACCUUUCAAACAACAAUCGUUGUUUGUAUUGCAAAGGGAUAAAACGAGAUGAUGAGAAAGAAUUUCAAUUUGAGUAACAGAACCUUUGUGAGUUUUUUCAACUGAUGAUUGAAAUUCCCCACGAUACAAACCUGACUGUACAUUAAAUUUAUGUAAACUACCGUCGUGAUAUCCGACAACAGCAUAUUGACCACAACGACUUAUAGCUACAGCUGUUGCCAC